AUGACAAAAAAUCUUCGUGCUCGUGAUGAAUCAAUCACUGCGAAUCAAUUGUCAACAAAUUCGUCACCAUCUGUUAUGAUGCCAAGCCAAAACAGAUGUUUGAAAAUAACAAAACCUCAUUCGCAUCAUCAGCCACCACCACAACAACAACAACAACAGCAACAUAAAAAAAUGAAAGUUAGUCAUAGUAAUUUAAAUAUGAUCAACAAUAAUAAUCAUAAUCAAUUAAAUGGAAAUGUACGAAGUUCAUUACAUCCUCUACAAGAAAAUAUGAGUAGAACGUCCAGAAUUGAUCCGUCACUUCGUUGUCCAUUGAGACAAACAUUGCCAAUAUUUAAACAGCCUGUUACAUAUUAUCCACUUCAGCGAGAUGAAGUAAAACCUCAAGUAGCCAGAUCCGAUCAUCAGCAAAGUGGAGGAAGUAAGACAAGUGAAAAAACAAAACCACGACAGUUAUUUUGGGAAAAACGUUUUCAAAAUAUUCGUCCGAGUGACAUUGACGGAGAACCGCUUUGCGAUUUUCGUUUGCCAGAACAAAUUAAAGGUAUUGGAUUAGAUAUGUCACCUGAAACAGUUGUGAUAAGUUUAGCAACAUCAUUACAUUUAUAUUGUAAUUCUCGUGCAUUAUAUGGACAAAGUAAACAGUGUACAAAAAACCCAACCGUGUUUAUUAAUCGAGAUCAACCAUUAAUUGAAGUAUUAUUUGUUUACAUUCAAAUAACAAUUAGUGAUGAUCAUAUUCAUGCACAAGAAAAUAAAGUUCUUGAAUUACGACGAAAAGUUCAAAAAGCAAUGCUUGAAAUAGGAACAAUCAACGAUGUCAAACCUGAAGCGUAA